UUUCCGCCCACCGCGUCGUUUUCUAGAUCAAGUAUCUUGUGCUCCUGUCGUACUGUGAAAACCCUGAAGACUCCUCCUUUGUCGUUUUUUCCCUUCUUUCCUCGGGGUCUUCUUGAGCUUUGUACCAACUUUUCUCGAUCUGGUAUCACUGUUGGCCGAAACCUCUCAUAAUGGCUUCUCAACUUCUUCCUCUUGAGCUGAUCGACAAGUGUGUCGGCUCUAGAAUCUGGGUUAUUAUGAAGAAUGAUAAGGAGUUCUCUGGUACAUUGCUGGGAUUUGAUGACUACGUCAACAUGGUUUUGGAAGACGUGACAGAAUUCGACUACUCUGGUGCGCAAGUUAAGCUCCCUAAGAUAUUGCUCAAUGGCAAUAACGUUUGCAUGUUGAUUCCUGGAGGCGAAGGGCCAGUUGGUAGCUCAUGAACCUCAUGAUGUUCACGAUAUUUCAAGCUCUGUUUUAAUUACCCAAUGAAUAUUGAUGACUGUAUUCCAAUCAUGUCUUUUAAGGCCAAUAGCUUCGCAGGGCGUUCUUCAUCCCUCCAUUCAGUCAAGAGGGGAUCUGUCUCCUGUUUUUUUUUCAGGCGUGCAAUCGAUGUGCAGAUGCAUGACUUAUGGCAAUUCAAGAUGGCCCUCUCCAAAAGGUACAUAUCUAUCAAUCAGCGAAGCAAACAGGCACGGGUUCGUCAGUCGCAUAUUGGUGUGAGAUCGGGUCAGAAUGCUCUUCAAGUGGCAUCGACACGCCUGGAUAAGAUUUUUUCGGAUCAGUAUAGAACUGACCAGCAUUUGGGGGCUUUGUCUGAAUUCAGCGCUUGCUCAAACAAGUUGCUAGCUUGAUUUAACCGCGCUCCAAUUGUCCGAAU